AUGUAGCGGGUAUAUUUAAUAUAUCUUCAAACACAUUUUGGAAAUCCGGUUCUCGGAUUUGUUGUUCUCCUACCCACUCUUUGACUAGUUCUGCAUUAUUAAGGAACCUUUAAAUGCCCAAGCACUGCAUGAUUUUUACGGACGUUCCAAAAGCCUUCAAACCACAGCACAAGUCGCAUAAACUUUGAAGAUGGAAGACUCCUUGGAUAAGAUUUUGGUGAAGGGGCUGACAUCCUCUCCUAAACACAUCCCUACUUGGUACAACUACGACGAUGUUGGAUCGCAACUGGAACAUAAAUGUGUAAUGGAGAACCCUGGAUACUAUUUCACAAGGAGCCAAAUGUCUGUCCUGCAGAACAAUAUACAGAGUAUCCUUCCAAGUGGUCCACACCAGCUUACUUUGGUCGACCUAGGAAGUGGCAACUGCUCCAAAACAAGACCUAUUAUUGAUGAGCUACUGAAAACACAACACAAUCUUGCAUUUUACCCCGUAGAUAUUUCUGGAGAUUUUCUACUCAAAUCAAUGGAUGAGCUGUCAAAGGAAUACGGCAAAAAAGUUCAGAUUACACCCAUAGCUGCAGACUAUAUGCAAGGAAUAAAGCAACUAAGAGGAGUGGAUGGUCCCAAACUGAUUAUGUGGUUUGGCAGUAUCAUCAACUUGCCUUAUGAUGAACAGGUGAACACUCUCCGGUUGAUUUCUACGAUGAUGACAGCAAAAUGUCGAUUGGUGUUCAGUGCUGACAUCACACAACAGAGAAAGACAGUUUUAAUGGCAUAUCAUGACAAGGAAGGCUUGGAACAGAGUUUUGCUCAGAAUGCAAUCAUCCGACUGAACAGUGACUAUGGAAGUCAGAUAGACCUCAAAAUGUUCACGUUUGACGUAGAGUUCAUAUCGGACACCAGCCCCAAGCACAUGAGCUACGUGAGGAACUACAUCACGGCUGAAGAGGACAUCCUUUAUCCAAUACCUGGUCUAGGCAUCAACCUUAGCAUGAAGAAAGGAGAAAGGCUUUAUUUCCACGAAGGUGUUGGCUUCAGCUGUAAAUAUACAUUGGAGCAGCUACGAAACAUCGUCGAAAAAGCAGGACUUCGCUUGGCGGAAACCGUGACGGAUGAAGAGCAACAUGCCAUAUUUUGUCAUUGUACAGUUGCAUAACGUCUCUUCUCACUUGAGGGAAACUAACAUCACUAGGAAUGAACUAACAUACUCCUAGUGAACUACUUCUGGAGCGCUUUGUUUCCUCGUCAAUAAAUGUUUGUGUGAAGGACAUUAUUAAUAAAAAAAAAUAAAGAACAAAGAUAAUAAGCAGAAAUCAUCAAAUGAAAUGCUCACUAAUAUUAAGACGUUUACCCCUUAAUAACAAACAAUGCUCUAAGAUGAGUUUUAAAACUUAUUUUGUUCUACAUUUAUUCUAAAAAAAGGUUCGUGACACACUAUGCAUUGAAGUUUGUCUUCUAACGAACUCAUAGUUUGUAACUAGAACAGCAUGGACGUGUAUAACAUUUCUGUUUUGUAAUCAUUUCAUCAAAUUAUCUUACUCAGUAUAGUAUUUCCGACAAUGGUGGACUGAAGACUUGACAUUUCGGACUCGGACUCUAUCUUUAUAAGAUGCGAGUAUUGUUGGAUACAGAGAUCGGCGGCGGUUGUCUGGUUCAAGUCGAUUUCGUUUACUCUGUAAAGAGGUGUCCUCCGAGGAUUUGGCGGAUCCCAAGUGUUGUAAAUAUUCCUGAAAUUGAACACAUAUGGUAAAAAUUUUGUUUUCGUUAUCAUAUAAAACUUAA